ACUCACUGUGAACGGUGGUUAUUGAUUGGCCUUUUUGAUCUUCUUGACAUGAUUCAGAAACAGAUUUCAAAAACUGAGGAGAUGGGGUGAAGUCAUGUCUCUCAUAUUUUACACUUUUACGCUGUUGUUUAUUUCUGUGAGUAAAAAAAUAUAGUAAAAAAUAAUGUUGCUCAAAAUUUUAUAUUUAAACAGACAGAUAAUGAAGUGACAAAUUGUUCUAACCCUAACCCCAUAUUCUACAAUCACAAAUAUUAAGUUUUAUCUGCUGCAAACAAUGAUUAACUGAGUCUAUGUGAAGUUAGUUCACCUCCUCAGUUUCUAAGUGAGUCAUUGAACCUUCAGCAUUCUCACUGAAAGAAGAGGUAUUUGCUGUGUUAACGCUUGUUUUUUGAUGACUCCAGGUGUGACAAUGCUUGUCUCUCGUUACCUGCGUCUGAUCGUGACGGACAUCUGCACUAAGUCCUGCUUACAUCACUUCCUGCUGGAGUUCUUAGGCACCACCCUCUUUCUGUCUGCCAGCCUAUCGGCUCUCCUGAUGCUGCCACUGGCUGCUGGAGAACCCGGACUGGAUCUGAUAUCUGUGGGGAACCUGAGCCACCUGAGCCACCUGAGCCACCUGGCUCCUCCCCUCUCACCCGUCUCACCUGCCGGUCCAUUCCAGGUGGCGCUUGUGUUCGGGCUUUCCGUUGCCAUGGCAGCAGUCUGUGUCGGCGGUGAAGUUCACAUCAACCCGUCAGUAACUGUAGCAAUGGCUCUGACCCUGAGGCUCCGCCUGUGGAGGGCAGUGCUGUAUGUCAUUGGUCAGCUGUUAGGGGGUGUUGCCUCAGCUUCACUGCUGCUGGGACUGAGCCGAGAUUUGACACCUGUCCUCAACCAGGUUUCCUCCGGGGUCCACCUCCACCAGGCGGUCGCCCUGGAGACACUGGCGACCCUCCAGCUGGUACUUGUUGUCUUGGCGACAGUCAGCAUCCCUCUGCCAGGCGUGGCGUCUCCUCUGCUCGCCGGUCUGGCCGUCAGUCUGGGUCACCUGGUGGCUGUGAGGGCAACAGGUUGUGGGAUGAACCCGGCCCGGUCGUUCGGUCCUGCUGUCAUCAUGCUCAACUUCAACAACCACUGGGUGUUCUGGGUGGGGCCUAUUCUGGGGGCAUGUCUGGCUGCUGGCCUUAACAACCUGUUACUACGCCCACGGCGCUCUGGAGACUGGUGGGCGGAGCUAAAACAACUGUAUGUGUUAACAGACAAACAGCAGCAGGUGGCGCUGUCACACCUGCAGUAGAGGUGGUGUGUGUGAAAGUAUGUGAAUGUGAGCGUGUGAAGCAGUCCAGAUGUUUUGGAUGAUAACAUCUGUGUAUGGUGGCUGUGGUUUGACCUGUGUUGACCUCUGUGUUGUGAGUCUGACUGACACUGUGCUGGAUCACUUCCUGUUGGUACUGAUCCAUCUGAAGGAAGCGGAGAUGCACUGACAGCAGCUUGACUUGAUGUUCAUUUUCUCUUUUCGGACCUACUUCUUACUUUUAUUUUCUUCAGUUUGUAUGAUGUGACAAACAGCUGAAAUAAAGCUGGAGUGUAUUUUGUACAUUUCCAACCUAAGCACAUGACUCAGCUCCUCUCUCAUUUGACAGCUGCCUCAGCUAAGAAGACUCCCUGUGAUUGGCGGACAGUGGAUGAUUCUAACUUCAUAUAUUACCAAGAAGCUGAAGCUCAAUUGAUUGAUUAUCAGUGUUCAGAACUGAGUCAGUUGUAAUUAAUAAAACAUGCAGUUCUUUAAAUAGUUGUUGGGGUUUAAAGGAGGUCUGAAGAGAAGAGGGGAACUUUGUCAGCUCAACGACACACGUCCUCAUUCACUGAGCAGUCAGACAGACCAACGUGAAUGAGCUCUGAUCAGACCUGGAUAACAGGUGUCCUAACACCUGAUCCAGGCGUGUUUUCACAUCAGGAAAAGGGAUCCUUCAUCUCAGCACACCAGUUUUAAUGACACUGUGAAAGUUUGAGGCUUUGUGUGUGUAUGUGUGUGUGUGAGAGAGAAAUGAACGGACAAAGAGAGAUGUCACUGAACGCACCACAAACACAUGAACAGAACAGUUCAGAAUAGAAAACGAUAACACGCUUUUAUUUUAAGCUCCUUAUCAAUAGGAAGCAGACGAGCAGAGCGGACCAACUGACACACACAGCUG